UUCAACGUACACAAAACUUUGUGUGCAUAGUCCCCUUGACUUCCAUGGUAUUGUAAAACAAUGUAAAUUUAUGCACAUGCUUCAGUGAUUGAAAGAUUUUACAUUUUGUAAAAACAAGGUCUUGUAAAAACGUUGCUCUUUUUAUCAUUAAAGUCAAUUAAAUGAUUGAAUCCACUUAAUCUUUCACCUGCAGUGUUCCUAAUUUAAGCAUUACAACUCUGAAGCAGAGUUUAGACCUUGAAAGUGAAAUCAAGACCCAAACUGAAACUAACUUGUCUGUUUUCCUUAUCCAAGGUGAAUGAAAUGUAAAAAGUACAUUAAUCCUGAGAAGUAAAUUAGAUUAUAACAAUGUUCAUUUGCAAUAUCAGACAUUUACAAAAGCGGUAACAUUAAAAAAUACGAGCGUCAAUUGAAAGGAAUUAUUUCAGAUAACUUCCUCCGGGUGAAAUGUGUUUCAUUGAAUCAUUUUAGAGCACCAGUUUUUGUUGUCACCUAUUCCUGUUUCCGCAGUUGAACAAUGCUACAUGAUCAUAAAGUAUAAAUCUAAACGUUAAUAGGGGGAGGAAAAGAAACCUCGUUAAUUAGCAUAUUCCAGAACUGACUAGCCCUGUUAAAUCUCACGCGGUAUGUGGGCUCACAUCAAUGCUUAUGGGAAAUCAUGAGUAUCACAAAGAGUAUUUACAUGCCAUUCGUCCCGAUGGGUGCUCGUUUUAAUCUGUUCUUUGAGUUCUGUGGCUAAUCUUCCGCUCUAGAAAUACUGCAGCAAGCCCCAUGUGUUCUGAGAAGGAGAGAUCUCGCUGUUUGUAGUACCAGAGAAACCCCCAUUAAGAAUGUCCUUUUUCAGAGACUGAAAGGGGGAGGGGGGAAGGAGAACAUCCCUCUCCGGCUCCAUUUCCAAGUCGAUUGCAGAAAGAAUGUGGGAGGGCUAGAAAAGUUUUGAGUGAGCCACUUCCUCGUCCAGCCCAGCUGGGAGACAGAAAGGGGGAAUGUCAGACAGGGAAGGGGGGGAAGUGCAGCAACAACUUCCCAGCAGCAAAAUGGCCUUUUAAACCCUUGACAACAGGAGGCGAAUUCCUCCCCCUGGCAGCAGCGGAAGCGAUGAGUGUUCAGAGGGGAGGUGACUGACUCCUCUCCCUCUGCCCAGAGCAGGAGGCGAGCUUCGCCGGGAGUCCUGCCUGCGCAUCUCGCUGCACCCUGCCCAGGACUUGUCCCCGCUCCGAACUCCCGCAUUUUCAGCGCGCGACAGGCAGAGCGAGAGAGCAGCCGCCGCCUCCGGAGCGCAGAGAGAGCGAGCCGGGUGAGGGGACCCCGCCGGGCGCUGCUGAGUACUGGGGGGCGCAGCCCUGCCAUGUCCCCGGGGAAGCCGGAGUCGGGCUAAGCGGCUGUGCGCGCAGCGGGGAGAGCUCUUCGGGACCAUGAAGCAGCCGGGGCAGCUCCUCCUCCGCCUGCUGCUCCUGCUCUGCCUCGCCAAGAUCAAACCUGCAGCUGCCUGCUUUGAAGAUUGCAGCUCAGUAAAUGUAAAUGCGACGACGACAGAAAUCCAUAUUGACACAUUACCAGAAAACUUUACAAUAAGCAAUGUAACUUUCGCGAAUGGAACACUGUUCCAGAAUUCAUCACAGAACAACUCAACAGGAGGUCUUUCACCUGGUAUACAAUACAUUAUCAACUUUCAAAAUGGUACAGAAGCAUGUUGCAAAAACAUUACAACAAUGCCCACUCCAGUGUUUAACAUCGAGGUUUCCAAUGUCAGUACACAUGAAGUAUCUUUAACAUGGGAAAACAAAGAUGCUGCUGCUUCUGAGUACAGUUACAGGAUACUCAUUGCAAAUGAAACUUCAUCUACUAGGAACAUGAUGUCCAGUACCACAAAAGCUGUAAUUACAGGCUUAAAUCCUGGUACAUUUUACCAAUUCACAAUAUUUCCAUGCGCAGCAGAUAACAAGACUGAAGGAGACCCAAAUUCGACGUUGAUAUAUACAAAGCCGAGUCCAGUUUCUGACAUCCAGGCCACAAAUAUCAGCACAGAACAAGUGACCUUAACGUGGGAAAACAAUGACACUGCUGCUCCUAAUUACACAUAUGUGAUAUACACUGAUGGGAAUGGAAUUUCUCCUACUCGGAACCAAACCUCCCAAAACAAAAAUGCUGUAAUUGUGGGAUUACGGCCUGGUACCCUUUAUAACUUCACAAUAGUUCCACUAGCAGCGGAUAACAUGACUAAAGGAGACCCAAAAGUCAUACACAUCUAUACAAAACCCAAUGCAGUUUCCAACCUCAAAGUUAUAAAUGUCGGCACAACCGAAGUAACAUUGACAUGGCAAAACAGUGAUGCUGAGGCUUCUAACUACACUUACAGGAUACUCUAUGAAGAUUAUGGAACUUCAGUCGACAAAACAUCACUUCAACCCAGUGCAGUUUCCAACCUCAAAGUUAUAAAUGUCGGCACAACUGAAGUAACAUUGACAUGGCAAAACAAUGAUGCUGAGGCUUCUAAGUACACUUACAGGAUACUCUAUGGAGAUUAUGGAACUUCAGUUCGACAAAACAUCACUUCCCAAACCAUGAAUGCCACUCUUACAGGAUUGCAACCUGGUACCUCCUAUCUAUUUAUGGUCUUCUCGCAAGUUGCAGGGACUGAAGGAGACUCCAACACCACAAAUACCUAUACCAAGCCCAGUCCAGUUUCUGACAUCCAGGCCACAAAUAUCAGCACAGAACAAGUGACCUUAACAUGGGAAAACAAUGACACUGCUGCUCCUAAUUACACAUAUGUGAUAUACACUGAUUGGAAUGGAAUUUCUCCUGCUUGGAACCAAACCUCCCGAAACAAAAAUGCUGUAAUUGUGGGAUUACAGCCUGGUACCUCUUAUAACUUCACAAUAGUUCCACUAGCAGCGGAUAACAUGACUAAAGGAGACUCAAACUGGAUACACAACUGUACAGAGGCUGCACCAGUGCCUUCAUUUAACUGUACACCAGUGACUAAAGAGCCUAAAUUAACAGUAAAGUGGGAGCCCCCUGCUGGUAACAGUGCUAACUUCAGCAUUAACACAUUCAAUGAUGCCUGGAGCAGCGAAACACUGGUUUUGGCUGGUAGCCUAAAUACAACUGUAACAAAUUUAAAUUAUUCCACCUCCUACAAUGUUAGUAUUAUAACCCGUUCAUGUGGGAAAGAGAGCCUUCCAAUGCAAACAACAUGCGAUACAAGUAUCACUAACCCACCUGCUCCAGUAGAAAAGCCUAUUAUUACGUCAAUCACUCACAACUCCUUUAAAAUUCAGUUCAGUGGAUUUGAGUCAACAAAUGGACCACUAAUGGCCUAUGCAAUAGUAAUCACAACAGCUAAAGAAGGCAAUAUACCUCCAAAUAGCAGCUUGAACGAUACAUACAAUGACUUCAAGGAAAAGAAAACAAAAACUUACAUAACAAAUGUGAUAAACGCUACGCAAAUGAGAGCUUUUUCCUCCCAGUCAAAUAGUUUACAGUAUGAAAUGAAAGUAGGAGACACAUCCAAAUCGUAUGCCUAUUCCAAUGCGCCGCUGGAACCACUUGGUUCAUACUGGGUGAGUGUUGCAGGUUUCACUAAAAUCGAAUUUAACAAUGAUGAUCGUAUUGAUGAAGAGAGAAGCUAUGUCUCAUUUACUCCUUAUUCUCAGGCAAUUACAUUACUCCAGGAUCCAGGUGUCAUACACUGGAGCUGUUAUUGGGUGUAUUUGGGUGCUGUGGCUAUAGCUGCUGUAGUGGUAUUCGUUUUCUGGAGACGGAGAAGGAAAGAUGGAAAAAAUAGUGAGCUGCCCUUUUCUCCAAUUAGACCCAAGAAAUCCAAGUCAAUUAAAGUUGAAAACUUUGAGUCCUACUUUAAGAAACAGCAAGCUGACUCGAACUGUGGAUUUGCUGAAGAGUACGAAGACUCAGGUCGGGUGGGCAUUAAUCAGCCUAAAUUUGCAGCUGAACUUACUGAGAACAGAAGGAAAAAUAGGUACAAUAAUGUCUUGCCAUAUGACAUUUCCCGUGUUAAACUUUCGAUCCAAAACCAUCCAACUGAUGAUUAUAUUAAUGCAAAUUAUAUGCCUGGAUACAACUCCAAAAAAGAAUUUAUUGCUGCACAAGGCCCCUUACACAACACUGUGCAAGACUUCUGGCGCAUGAUUUGGGAAAAAAAUAUCUAUGCUGUUGUUAUGUUGACAAAAUGUGUUGAACAAGGCAGGACAAAAUGUGAGGAAUAUUGGCCAGACAAAGGAUCCAACUAUUAUGAUGACAUUACUGUAACGUUGGUCUCAGAGUGUGUCCUUCCAGAAUGGACAAUAAGAGACUUCACAGUGGAAGGCAGUGAUGCAACUGAAAGCCACUCUGUACGCCAGUUCCAUUUCACUUCCUGGCCUGACCAUGGUGUUCCAGAGACAACAGACCUUCUUAUUAACUUUAGACAUCUGGUACAGGAAAACAUUAGACAAAAUCCCCCAGAGUCUCCUACUUUGGUGCACUGCAGUGCUGGUGUUGGCAGGACAGGUACUUUCAUUGCAAUUGACCGCCUGAUCCAGCAAAUAGAAAUGGAGAACACCAGCGAUGUGUAUGGAGUAGUAUAUGAUCUUCGAAUGCAUCGACCUUUAAUGGUGCAAACAGAGGACCAGUAUGUCUUCCUAAACCAGUGUGUUUUGGACAUUAUUAAAUCCCAAAGAAACAAAAAAUCAGACCUUAUCUACCAAAACACAACAGCAAUGGCAAUCUAUGAAAAUUUUGGACCAACACCAGGUUUUGAGAAGGCAAAUGGCUACCAUGCAUGACCAGAGAGGGAAGAAAUGUCACUAGGAGGCCAUUACUGUCCUUCACACAGGAAAACGAAAUGCACUGUUAUUGUACAUGUGUGUACAGUAUCUUUUAUUAUUUUUUCAGUCUUGUAUAUCUAAUUUGAAGAUGCCCAUGUAAAAAUGUCAUUUGGAGUUGUGGAUUAGUAUAAAAAGAAGCUGCAAGUUAACAGAGGAAAUUGCUUUAUCUUGGGAACUUCAUAAUACUCGUAGGCAAAACAACAUUUGCAGUACAGACGGUGAAGUAGAUGAUAAAUAUUAAAAAUAACAAAUUACAAAGGCUCUUUUUUAAUUAUAGUUUUGUACGAUUUCAUAUACAGAUACCUGGCUUGUGGGCUGUGGACUAUAUUUUAUAAAAGUCAGGAACAUAUUCUAUCUGCUGUACCUGGUUACUUAGUUGAUGGAUAUAUGCUUCAUUGUGAUUUGUCCUUAGUGUUCCGUUUGAUUUAUAAGAAGGAGUACAAACACCUCCUACAAAUGGGUGUUGAUAUUUGGAAAUUGUGCCUUUUCUGGUUAUUACUCUGUAGACAAAAAUAAUCAGAGCCCUAUAUUUUUGUACUGAGACUUUUAAUUAGAAUAUAGAUUUUAACUGUAGUAACAUUGCUGGCGAGAUGCUCCUAGAUUUUGGUAGUGAUUUUCCCCUUUUUGUAUUCCACCACAACCUUCAGAGGCCUUAUAUCACAGUGCCUCAAUCUAGAGGAAGAGGAAGGUAAGGAUUGUGUGUCAUUCUGAGCUUUAAUAUGUGUGUGUGUGUCUGUGUGUGUGAGAGAGAGAGAGAGAGAGAGAGAGUUGGGACAGGGGAAGCAACUCCUCCCAUUUCUGGCUGAUAUUUCUGUUUUAUAGAGUUUAUAAGGAUUUAUUUAAAGGUGCAAUAUGUGAUUUGUUGAAUAAUGAUUGCUCUACUUAAAGAGAGCUUUACUCAGGUUGUCUCUUUUUUUUAAUUAUUUUUUUUCUUUAAAUAUAUAAAUCUGUGAAAAUUUCAGACUGAGAAUUCACAUGUCAAAGUGCUCCCAAACAGGUUCACUGGUUUUAUUCUAUUUAGCAAAAGUAAAUGCACAAAUAUCUACUGUAUAUAUCAAUUACUAGAAUCUGUUGUUUUAGCCUGUCAAAACUGAGAUGUGUGUUUUAUCUUGGUGCAUCUCAAAAAUAUAAUUUAACUGUUUUAUAAUUGUUUCCAAUAUGCUGCUGCUGCUAUUUUAACUGAUUCUUUAAAAAAAAAAAGCCUAGAUAUUAAUAUUACAUGUCAAGGACUAAUUUGGAUUUAUUUUGCUGGUACAUUAAUGUUAAACGUAUGAAGGCAUUACCAAUGAAGGACUUAUUUGUUAUUUUUAAGGGGUACUGGGUGUUUUUUUUUCUUCUUUGGAUCAGUGCACUGGUUGCAUUGCAAAGUAUGAAGUUCAGGAACAUCUAUAAAAUAGCUGUUAAUGUCUUAUGAAGGUUUAAUAGCCAGCGUAUCUGGGAUUCUGCAGCAUUUGAAAGCCAGUUUGUAUGACAAAGGUGACAAACUGCUGCAAAUUUUGGAAAUGAUUGUGGCACUACAAUGGGUAGCUGGCUGCCCUGUAGAAUCCACUGUUGAAUGAAAAAUCCCAGGCAUCCUGGCUUCUAUAGUCCCACAUCUGUGAACUUAAGUACUGGCAACAGUAAUUCUUAUUCGGUAAUGGAAGUGUGUCAUUUAAGCAAAACUGGAGGGAGACCCACAACAUGGUUUGAGCAGGACUCAUAAUAGCCAUUUAUUGUGUUUAUUUUAUUUUUUCUUCUUCUUAUCUAAAAUCAAUCAAACCAUCUCACCAGACUCCUUCUCAAAUGGAAAUUGCAAUCAUAAUUUUUUUUACCCUGCAUCCUUUCUAAGGUGCCAUUAUAUCUCAACAAAAUGCAAAUGCAACAAAUUCUUCACUUAGCUUGGCAGCACAGAUCAAACCAAAAAAAUCCCUAAGGCUUCACUAGAGAGAAGGGCCAGCCCCUCUAUAUUGUUUGGGGGUGUGUGUGUUGUUUUUCAUUUAAAUACUACUACUCUCUGUGGUAGUGCAGUCUUAAGGUAUCAUGGAAGUGCAUGGCUGGUCAGAAAUCGUUAUUUCUGGGACAGCCCAGAAGGUCAUUGAGUCCAAGAAUACUGCACUUGGUUUAAAAAGUGCCUAUCUUAUGUAGCAGAGAAGAGCAGUGAAUGAAUUGUCUCUCAUAGUGUUUGUGCUGUAGAUUCUGCAUCUGCAUUAUAUAGCAGCAGAACCUCAGAAAACUAGCUAUAACUGUGACUGAUUAUUUCAGUCUAAACACCUAUGAUAGAUUGUUGCAGUAGCAGGUGAUUAAAAGUGGGACCCUAGAUACAAUUUGUUUCCAUCAGGAAAACAAUAGAAUAAAUAUUUGUCAAGAGAUUCCUGAGAAAUAAACAAAAACUGUAUCCAGUCAAAUCCUUAUGUCUUGGGAACCUGGAAUCCAUAAAUCUGCUAAAUCAGGAGAGAGUCUGAUUUCCCCGCUUUUGAAUUAAAUGUGAGAAGAGCACAACAGAAGAGAUUACAGGGCCAAUCCUGCCUGACUAAAACAGUCACUAUUCCCAAUCAAGUCUAUUUCCCAUAGAGGCCAAAAGAAUUUUCCAUGAGCAAGGCAUGCAGGCUCGGGCCUAUAGUUUUUAGUGGACAGAAAAGUUGAUUAAUGCUUAAAGUGAUGUAUCCAUGAAGUUGGGUGUUGUUCCACUGUGACUAACUAGGACAGGCCACAUAGGAACUCCCACUGGAAGGAAUGGGUCUUACAGGUAAUGUUUUAUCUUAGAGAUUCCCUCUAACCAAGAUGACUUGAAUAGGAUUCUAGUGUAUGUUUCUCAUCUACAAACUGAUUUUCUAUGUCUUCAGUUUCUUUUGAUUCAGGACUAAAGAUUGCUAUUUAUUCUGUCUUCUUGCUCUUUAUUCUGUUCAUUCAGUGCUUAUUGUUGGUGGUGCUUGUCUAAAGGAAUCUGCUUCCCCAGCCUCAAAACUCUCCUGUGUUACAACACUGGGUUUUCUGACUGGGGUUUUUUGUUUUUUUCCUUCAAUUUGGUACCCUUUUAAAAAGGGAAAUGUUCACAUGAAAUAAGGGUUGCUUUUAGCUGAAUAUUUUGAUGUACAAAUUUCAGUGUUUUCCAUACAGCUGUACAGAAAUUUGUAGCACAUUGUCUUAAUUUUUAAUAGUUUGUUUUAAAGAUAUAAAGAUAAUUAAAAAGCAUUAACUUAGA